GGAGUUUUAUUUAAAUCCGGGCACGCAUGGAAGGAACUGAGGAGAUUCACGCUCUCGUCUCUUCGAGAUCUCGGCCUCGGAAGAAAAAGUUUACAAAAAGCAUUCAGGAUGAGGCAAGAUACUUGGUGCAAAACAUUGAAAAUGAAAAUGGAAAGGCUUUCUCUCCCAGAGACAGGAUUGGAAAAGCUGUCAGCAAUAUUAUUUCUAUCGUUGUAUUUGGAACAAGAUAUGACUAUAAUGACACCCCAGAAAUGCUGCCAGUUUUAGAGGAGGCAGUGCGACUUGGCGAAGGGCCACUCUCCCUUACCAACUUGGCACGGUUCAUCGUGCCGAUGAAGAAGAUGCUGUCCCUUGUGGACAGGCUGUAUAGUUUGAUAAGACAGGAAGUGGACCGACACCGCCAGUCCUUUGAUCCAACUGACAUCCGGGACUUCAUUGACCUCUUCAUAAAGGUCACACGAGAGGAGGAAGAUCCCGAGGUCUACACAGAAUGGAACGUGUUCCGCAUCAUCGUUGAUCUCUAUUUGGCUGGCACCGACACAACAGCUAAUACUUUGAGAUGGUCCCUGGUUCAUAUGGUAAAUCAUCCGGAUGCUCAGAAAAGGGUGCAACAGGAAAUUGAUCAGAUCAUAGGUCAAGGUCGUGUUGCCAAGAUGGAGGACAAGGCCAGGAUGCCAUUCACGGAAGCAACCAUACUGGAAGUCUUUCGUUUGUCCACCGUUGUUCCGGUGGGUGGGCCCCAUGCCACCAGUGAAACAACCAACUUGGCAGGAUACACCAUUCCCAAGGGAACGGUAAUACUGGGAGAUUUGUACCGGGUUCUCCACGAUAAGAAUAACUUCGAGGAUCCUUACAAGUUCAAACCAGAAAGAUGGCUGGAUGAUGAUGGUAAAGUGGUCAAGUCGGACAAAAUGAUACCGUUUUCUAUAGGACCCCGUGUUUGCCUGGGCAAGGGGCUUGCUGAAAUGGAAGCGUUCAUUUUCUUCACCACGUUGCUUCAGAGUUUUACCUUCAAGGUACCAGAGGGCGAGAAACCUCCAGAUGGAGUGGAAGGCCUCAACGCGCUCACUUUUACGCCAUACCCCUACAACGUGUGCGCUGUUAGACGCUAGACUGGAAUAAAUAACUGCCUCUUACUAUGGACAUGUACAACUGUAUCUGCAUAAAUACGUUAGAUUAUGUAAGACUGACUUGUGACUGACGGUACCUAAACUAAAAUAAUUCGUUUAUUCUCGAAAUGAUUUUUGUGCAUUUCUUCUUGGCAAAAACGUUUGUCAGAAAUCGCUUUUAAUAAACUUUGUGUAGUUGCUUGGAUGUUGUGUUUUUAGUAAGAGUAAAUUAAAUGUACAUUGUAGUAAAUUGUGUGGCUGUGAUUUGCCUAUAAUAAAUACCAUCGAUUCCUAGUUUAAUAGACAGACUUUGUCAGAAAGGUUGUCCCACCUCUAAGUCCAUGUGUUUUUGUUAGUAAAUGAUCACCUCCAAUUGUGGACAAUUUAUGACAGAGUUCUGUGGCAUGAGUUACAGUCUGUAUAUUUUCAUUACCUCCGCCAAGGAGGUUAUGU